CGGACGCCGCUGUCACGCCUGUCCGCAGCGGCGCCCACGGGCCCCCGUGCAUCGCUCCAACCCCUGGAACGCGCGCGUAACCCCGCGUGAUGUGCGCUGGUGACACCCUUCUAUCCGUCCCUACGGACGCUCUCUCAAAGCGCGUGUAACCUGUGUGAGUCGCGCCGGAGGGCAGUCGCACCCAUUCCGCCCUCUCACGUCCGACUUCCGCCGAAGAGGCGUAGUCAUCGUCGCUCCGCUGUGCCCGUUCCCCCCUCGGUCUCUCUCUCUCUCUCUCUCUCUCUCUCUCUCUCUCUCUAUAGACGGUGCAAGGGUGGGCCACGUGGCCGGCUGACCUGGAGCUGACGACCCAUAAGCUGCGGAAGAAGCCGAGAGAGUCUUUCAUUUUCCCCCUUUGGUCGGCCAUAGCCGAUCGGCGGAAGCAAGAUGCAAGCCAUCGCCGGUUCUGCGGCAUUGCAGGUGUGCGCGCCGACGAAGGCGCUGCUGGCCCAGCGUGAGGCGCCGACCAGCGCCAGUGCGAGCGCUGCGCGUCAGGUCACCCUUCCGACGAAGGACGCGCGCUGGUGGCGCCUGUCUUCCGCCGCUGCUGCGAGCGAUGCCGCGGCCUGCUUCCGAGGCAGCGACUUCUUCGACAAUGCGUUGUUUUGUGAGCCAGGUCGGGAUGGGGGGGAGGGGAGGGAAGGGGAGGGAAUGCUGGCCGGGAAUGAGGAAAGCAAAGAGGUGGUCUCAGCCACGAUACCAUGCACACGUGUCAGUAGGGGAAUGGCCUGAUGCACUUCAAGCUGACGCUGGUCCAACCCGAAAGACUGUGUAUAAUAAUGCUGGAGAAUUGUGUUGAAUACAAGGCAGAUUUGCUAAGGAAGAGAUACUAAGCGGAGGACCGGCGCCGGAGGGGAUUGAGGACAAGAGAGUAGGAGAAGAUGCGCCGCGGAGCCAUAGACCAGAGAGAGAGAGAGAGAGAGAGAGAGAGAGAGAGAGAGAGAGAGAGAGAGAGUCUUCUCUUUUCGUUUUACUGAAGUUUGCCUCCUGUGUAUGUGAGAAUGACAGAAACCGGCCAUACAACCUACCAGCCACAGACACAGAGAGAGAGAGAGAGAGAGAGAGAGAGAGAGAGAGAGAGAGAGAGAGAGAGAGAGAGAGAGAGAGAGAGAGAGAAUUCUUUGAGUAGCGACGAGGGCGUUGACGGUUGCGUUGCUAGACGGCCUUUGCCCCGCAAGGUGGCAUUCGGAGAUAGAUGAGUAUGAGUUAACCGUUGGAGUUGUGUAUUUGUUGUUUGAGUUAUAUGGACACGAUCCAGGCAUGGUGCGCUUGGUUCGUUGGGUGGUUCACGGCUGCACUGCGCUGGGUGGGACUUUGUGGCUCUUCUGCGUUCGAACCCUUCCCCUUCCUCGGUCAUUAACUGCCGGACACGUCAACAUUUCUUGAGAACUCCUUCUCCUCCUCCUCCUCCUCUCUCUCUCUCUCUCAGAUCUCUCAUCUCUCUGCCUCUUUUUGGGUUGGAUGGUCUGAAUUCUUUUCUCUUGCACGUCACAUGUGUUUCUACUUCUAGUUUGUUGUAUGUUUAUUUAUCUCUUUUCUCCCUCCUCUCUACAAGAGCUUCGUAGCUUUAUCUCAUUGGUGUGUAAUCGGCAUGGCAGUGGGAGUUUGACCAUACUCAGACUCGGACUUCCUGAUUGUAUCUGACCGAAUUUAUGGCCUGAUUCAUCCGAGAAGGUCCUUGAGGCCACGCUCCACUACUCACGGCAUGCACAACAGACAAAAGAUGGCGGUGUACGUGUUCUAGCAGAAAAUUCAUUUCCAUUUUGCACAUUUGGUGAGUGGUGGAGCGAGGCCCUUAGCUCGGUAUGGACUUGUAGUUUUACUUCAUCGAGGGCACGGCGACCAUACGCAGACUCGGACUUUCUGAGUGUAUGUGACCGAAUCUACGGCCUGAUGCGUUGGAAAUGGUUCUUGUUGGAGUACGCACUCAUCUAGGGACGGAGAAUAGUUUUGAGAGGCGAAGAACAGGCCUGCAACCCUUGCAUUCUCGACCCUCUUCCCUUUUUCUUUUCCUUUUCCUGUUUAACUUGCAAUUUGAUGUUCUCUAACGCCACAUGCACACUAGCACUUUCCAAGAUUUAUCUGACUGCGUCCUAGCACUUUCCUGUUUAACAUGCAUCUGCAAACCAAUACCGGAGGAGAAGGUGAGGUGGAUGCAAUGGAGGGGAACAAAAAGUACAGUUGUUC